AUGGUCUUCCAGUGCGGAGAUACAGCUCUACUCAACGCCGUCGAGUACGGCCUCACCAAGCACGUAGAGAAGCUGCUCGCCCAUGGUGCAGAUGCCAACGCGUUAGACACCAACGGCCGAAGCGCCAUGGACAUCGCCGGGGAGCAUGGAUUCGUGGACAUCAUCAACGUGCUGGCCAAAAAUUGCCCCGUUCGCCACGAAUAUGCGGAGAACCUGAAGACGCUCUACGAUCGUGUACACGAUAAAAUGUCCAAUGUAGACGGCGCAGAGCGUGGCACUCCGAUGGACUGGACCAAUGCCAAGGGUGAAAAUGCAAUUCAAGUUGCAUGUGCUCGUGGCCGUCCAGAGAUUCUCGAGAUGCUGGUACUCCUGACAUUGACAGCUGUGCUCAACCACCCUUCCAUGAAGAUGGAUGUUCUUCAAAACUGCGAAAACAGUUUCAGCUUCCUACGUGACGAUAACAAGAGCUCGUUCAUCGUUGGUUGGAGUGUACCGCUUCUGGCGUCCUGGUUGAUGCGUGUGGCAGCUGGAAAAGUGUCGAAUCUGCUCUUGGAUCUUGCAAGCUCUAAGGCCAUUCGCCACAUGCAGCUCCGCCGUGUCAUCCAGUCGCUCACUGUGCGACGACACACUGUUCAAACGGUGGAUGCUGCGAGGUCAAGUCAACUCUCGUGA